AAAUUAAAAACUACAGACACAAAUCUCACUAUAACUAUGAAAUUUGUUCUAUUGGGAUUUUCUGAUAUUCCUAAACUUCACUGGUUUCUCUUUGUAACAUUCUUGGUCAUCUAUAAGAUUAUCCUGUUGGGGAAUGGCAUCAUCAUUCUAGUAACAAGAGUAGGGCCCAUACUUCAGUCACCCAUGUAUUUCUUUAUUAGCAAUUUUUCUUUCCUAGAGAUCUGUUACGUGUCUGUCACUCUUCCUAGAAUGCUCAUGGAUCUUUGGACUCAGACAGGAAAUAUUUCUUUUUUUAUCUGUGCUACACAAAUGUGCUUUGUUCUUAUGCUGGGAGCCACAGAGUGCCUCUUCUUGGCGGUGAUGGCCUAUGACCGCUAUGUGGCCAUCUGUAACCCUCUGUGCUAUCCUCUUGUCAUGAGACACAAAGCCUAUGUGCAACUGGUAACUGGUUCUUGGCUCAUUGGAAUUCCAGUGGAGAUAGGGCAGACAUACCAGAUUUUCUCUCUGCCAUUCUGUGAAUAUCACCAAAUCAACCACUUCUUCUGUGACAUUCCCCCAAUGCUCAAACUGGCUUGUGGGGACAUAUUUGUGAAUGAGAUGGUGGUGUAUGUAUUUGCUGCAUUACUUGUUACUGUUCCCUUUAUAUUGAUCCUUGGGUCCUACUGCAGAAUUAUCUCAAUUAUCCUCAAAUUACCAUCCAACAUAGGAAUACCCAAAACCUUUUUCACUUGCUCUUCCCACCUUAUAGUUGUAUUUUUAUUCUAUGGAUCAGCCAGUAUCACCUAUUUAAAACCCAAAUCCAAUCAGUAUGAGGAAACAGACAAAUUGCUCUCUCUUUUCUACACUGUUUUGACUCCAAUGCUCAAUCCUAUGAUAUAUGGUCUGAGGAACAAGGAUUUUACUGAGGCUUUGAGAAAAUUAUUUCACAAAAUAGUAGCCUUGUGA